GCAGAGAGAGAGAGAGAGAGAGAGAAAGAGAGAAAGGGAGUCUGCUAUGUAUCAAGUGUAGCUGUCAGCGCGGUCUCACAUGGAGCUGCUCUCCGUCACAGUCUCCGGAUGAGCCCAGGAAACCACCUCUCUCUCAUCCAUUACUUCCACCGGGAUGGACACCAACAACAGAUCGAUGGAGGUCCUGGUGACGGAGCUCAACGUUCUGCUGAAGCUGCUGGACCAUGAGACUCUGAGCUCUCCAACUGAGGAGAAGAAGACCUCUGUUAGGAACCUUCUGAAACAUCUACAGCCCACAGCGACAGGACCAGACUUCUUGUACAUGAACCAAUCAAUCUACCGGCACGGCACCAGCUUUGUGGAAUCCCUCUUCGAGACCUUUGACUGUGACAUGGGGGAGCUGAAAGACAUGACAAAGGACCAGAAGCAGGACACACACACUGACACACACAGACAUGACACAACAGCCUUAAAACAGAGCAGUCCAGACUCCUCUCCCCCCUGCUCAUCAGAGACCCCUCCUCCCUUGCCCACCACCCCCCAUCCUGAGGCUUACUAUGAAGAGGCAGUACCUCUCAGCCCUGGCAAGCAGCCAGAGUACAUCACCACACGUGGGAGCUCCAGCCCUCCUAACUCCAUAGAGGAUGGUUACUAUGAGGAUGCAGACAACAACUCUCCUUCUACCUGCAUCAACGGACGACAACGCAAAAACUCCUACAAUGACUCUGAUGCUCUGAGUAGUUCCUAUGAGUCGUAUGAGGAAGAUGAAGAGGAAAGGGGAGCAGGGCCAAGGUCCAGGCUGACCCACCAGUGGCCUAGUGAUGAGAGCUCCAUGCUCCCUGCCAGGGACUGUAGGAUCUGUGCCUUCCUGCUGCGAAAGAAACGCUUCGGACAGUGGGCUAAGCAACUGACUGUCAUACGGGACAACAGGCUACAGUGCUAUAAGAGCUCUAAGGACAUGUCCCCAUAUUUUGACCUGCCCUUGCUCCAGUGCACUGUGGUCUACGCCCCUAAAGACGGACGCAGGAAGAGACAUGAGCUGAGGUUCACUCCACCCAGUGGAGAGGCUCUGGUCUUGGCUGUGCAGAGCAGGGAGCAGGCACACAGGUGGCUCAGGGUGGUCCAUAAAGUUAGUCAGGGAAAAGGACCAGAAGAGCCCACUUCUCCCAUGAUGCCCAGAAAGACUGAGCUGGACAAGCGGCUGUCUGGUGAGAAGACUAUGGCAGACCCAGAGAGUGUGGGAGUGACUACAGGAGAGAAUAACAGGGACAACAGAGAGAAGGGUAAGGUGAAGCGGGGGGCUCUAGCAGCAGGUCGUAAGAUAACACGUAUCAUCAGUUUCUCCAAGAGGAAGCACCUCCUACCUGGCGACCCACGGCCCCCCUCCCCAGAUACAGACCCUCGACGAGGCUACCUGUCUGUGUUGGUGAGUCAGGUAUGGCGGGACCAGUGGUGUUGUGUGCGUGAGGGUUCUCUCUACUUCCACCCUGACAGAGGAGACCCCCGGCCCUCCCUGGCCCCUCUACCCCUCCAUGGGUGUGAGGUGUUCCCAGGACUGGGCACCAAACACCCCUUCACCCUCAGGAUACUGAAGGGGGGCAGAGAGGUGGCUGCAUUGGAGGCGUGUAGUUCUGAGGAUUUGGGGCGAUGGCUGGGUGUUCUGCUGGCAGAGACAGGUACAGCCACAGAUCCAGAGUCACUACACUACGACUAUGUUGAUGUGGAAACCAUCGCUAACAUCAGAGAUGCCGCGAGACACUCUUUCCUGUGGGCCACAUCUUCUAGUAGCACUUCCACUGACUCCAGGAUGUAUGACGAGGUUCCCUAUGAGGAAGAGCAGCCUGAGGAAGAUGCUGGACCGAAGCAGAGGUCCAGUUUCUCCCCUAAAUACUCUGCUGUGACCAAACCUGGUCUGUCCCUGAAUCACACAGGCUCCAAUGCCAAUCAAUAUGGUCUCUAUGGGAAAACACGAGCGGAGGAGGACGCUAAACACUACUUGAAAGAGAAAGAAGAGCUGGAGAGAGAGAGGGAUGGAAUACGGAACACUCUGCUGACACUGAGACAAGCGAGGAGAGAGGUGAAGGAGAGGUUGAAGACUGCUUCAGAGGAGCAGAGGAGCUCCCUGAGUGAGCGUGUGUCCCAGCUAGAGGAGGCUUGCCGGGGGAAGGAGAGUGAGAGGGUGGACCUGGAGCUCCGUCUCACCCAGGUUAAAGACAACCUGCAGAAGAGUCUAGCAGGAGGAGCUCUGGGGGCACCUGGGGAGAGCAAACCCUCCAGCAAGGUCUACAGCAGAUCCUGCUGCUCUGGAUCUAUACCAGUCAGCUGUAAGAAACCUGUCUACUCUUCCUCUAAAGGAUCAGUCAUGAUGAAAGCCAAGGAAUGGGAGUCGAAGAAAUGCUCUUAGGGCAUAAGGAUGUUAAUAGCAAGAUUGGAGAUGAUUGGAGGCAUAUCAGAGAUGUGGAUGUGUUGUUCAGAUUAUUGUAGAGAUGGACGAAAUGGACACGUAUUCAGGAUAUUGAGCCAGUGUACAGAAAGGAUAUUCAUUUACCUUGAUAAACGACAGAGAAAGGGACAUUGAGAGAUUUAAGAAUGUUCCAUAGAACAGGAAUGGAAGACAAUGGACAUGGAAGGAAAACUCUGUGAUUUACUGUACGAGCUUUAAAGGGAUACUUCCAGAUUUUGGCAGUUUAGCCCAUUCCUAGCUCCAUGCUACUGUAACUUCUCCUGUAGACUUCCAGUCAUUUCACUAAAGUUAGUUAACAAGGGCUCCAGAACCUACCUUCAACGUCCUUGAAACUACACACAGAGACAUAAAAAUGGUAUCCAUGAGUUCCUCUGACUCUGGGUCAUUUGAUAAAAGGGCUUACACUUUUACUGCAGUGGGCUAAAUCAGGGUCACACAGAGUGUUUAUUGGUAGUCUUAAACAAAUGUACUUUGAAACAAAAGUAUACACCUCACACACAUGGUUAUGGGCCUUUAAAGAAAGAAGACAUCUGUACCAUGUCAGAUACAGACUUAAAAUGUAUUCAGUUUUGAGUUUGCUUCCCAGUAUUACACUUUAUAUACAUAACAGAAGACUAACAUUUUACAAAACUGUUUGACAGAGAAACAAUGGAUUUUUUAAAAUAAUCUUUGUUAAAGCAAGAUUUGAGAUAAUCUUUGAAAAAGCAAGAAGCAAGAAAAAUAUAAUUAACAUUCCACCCAUGAGUCCAAAUAGAGAUAUUUUGUUAGUUGACUGCAAGAAAGGGCUACUUGUCAAAAUCUCAGUUAUUUGUUUUACAUAAUUUUCUUCCUUUGCCGCGGGAAGUAGGGUUGCUGAUAGUAAAUCUGAAUCUUUUUUUAUUUGUCAUUUUUUUUGUAAGUAGUUCACUGCGCCUUUACUAGUCCUAGCGUAACGAUAUAGCUAUCUGUUUUGUGUAUAGUAGGAUUAUUUUCACACUGCACAAUGGUCCUUUUCCCCUCGGACUAUAAACAAUACAAUUAUUAACAAAUGGUGCUAAUAAUAGAUGUAACUGUAAAUAUUAUCUGAACAAUGGACACCAGGUGCCAAUACCUAUCUACAGCAAUUCACACCACUGAUCCUUUCUAAAACGCAUCAAAUACAGAGCCUUAGGAAAGUAUUCAGACCCCUUUACUUUUUCCACAUUUUGUUACGUUACAUCCUUAUUCUAAAAUAUAUAUAUAUAUAUUUUAAAUCCUCAAUCUACACGCAAUACCCUAUAAUGA